AAUGGAAUCAAAAAAUGUAUCCACUCCACCUUUACUCUUUUUUUCUCCUUCCUCCCAAUUCCCAAAGACCUUCUACUGAGAAAAGAUCAUAGUCAUAUCCAAAUUCCAUCACCAACUUCUUCUUCAUCUUCUUCUUCUUCUUCAUUCCCUGAUUGCUGCUCUAAAUCGUCGAGAUCUGAUAAAAUCAAGCUCCAUUCUCCAUUUGCUUCGUUCAACCUCACUCAGCUACCAAUCGAGAUCCAGUUGCUCGAGUCCCCAAAGGAAGCGAUUCUGAACCAGAAAAGAGUUCGGCCACUUCGUUCGAUCUUUCCUCGCCGUCGAUUCUCUGUAUGUAACUUCAUAUAGGUCCGAUUUCUGAUUCUCUCCAAGCUGGGGGCAGAUUUUGAUCGCGAAUACUUUCACCGACGCGAUGCCUCCUCGUGGAAUGAAUUUCUCCUUCGUCUGUCCCAUCUCUCUUUCCUUACUGAGUUAGUGUUCUUGAAUUUCUAGUCGCCGGGGAACUGAUCCGGCCUCCAGCUCUGGCCAUGUCAGCCAAUCUGUCUUUGACUUGCGCAAGCUCAUGGUGACCCCCGCUCAAGUGGAGACGUCAGUUUCUUACAACAAACACAGGCCAAGAAAGCAUCUGCCGGACUUGCCUUGUUGUUUCACGAGAGAAUAGUGUACAUCGGGAUGCCUGCAACUAAAUGACAAUGAGUUCACUGGUUGAAUUCGUCCUGAAUUUGGCAAGUUGGAGCUGAUUGCAGUGAGUCUAUUCUUGUUCUUAUGGGGUUACGGCUUACGGGUUAUGAGGGAGGCCUUUGGCGGGUUCGGAUCCGUGGAGGUCCAGAUUUGUGUCUUGAUUACUAAUCUUGGGUGCUUGAUCAUUUACUUGAUCAUCAUCAGUAAGCUUGAGAUCAAAGCCAUGUUGUGAUUCUUGUGGUCUUUCCCUAGUCAUAUUUUGAAUUUAUCUUCCGACUGGUUAUGAACUAAUCAGAAGAAUGCAUUUUACGAGUUGAUUGAAGGCUUGGAGAAAUUUAACUUUCUGGUUGUUUCUUCAGGGGAUGUGUUGUCAGGGACGGAGCAGCAUUUGGGAGUACUGUAAUAAUGGUUUGGGGUUUCAUAGCUGAAUACUCGAGCUUUUGCACUCUUUCUGGUUGUGGUUUUUGUUAUGCUUCCUUUGGUUCUGUUCAAUCAGAGUCAUUGAAGUUCAGUUCAGCGGUAUCAGUUCUCUUGGCAGUGAUUUUCAGUGGCAUAAGCUCGCUGAUGGCUUUCUGAUCAAUUUCUGGGAAUAAGUGAUUUGGGUUUGCUAGUUGAAUCUUUCUGUUUCUCAUGAAAGAUGAUUGAUUGGGUGUACAGGGGGAGAGUUCUUGAUGUGUUGAAGAACUGGUGUGAGAGGAGCAUUUCGGUCACUGUUGUGACUGAUGGUGAAAGGAUUUUUGGGACUCAGUGAUCUUGGAUGCCAGGUGAAAUAUGAGGAACGGUGGACUUUGUAACAGGGGUUGGGUGUUCCGAUGAUGGAUUACCCUUUCUUUCUCGCUCAAUUCACCACUUUCGGGUAUGUGGUGAUUUACUCGUUGAUAUUGCAUAUCCGUUACCGUAAAGGGAUAGUGACUGAUGAAAUGCUGGCCCUCCUAAAGUCUGGCCAUGUCGCCAUUGGUGCUUUUGAAGCCGUGGGAACCCUGAUUGGAAUGUACCCUGCAGCAAAUCUACCUAGACGGUUGGACCUUCUCUAUCUUUACUGCAUCAGUGGAUCGAACGAAGAAGAGUCCAUGCUAUCUGCCAGCGAGUACAUGUGGGCGGGUGUGAUGAUAUUAUCCAGUGCUCUUCACUUCCGGUGCCAUGAUACUAAAGGUUGA